GCGGCGAGUGCGAGCCAAGCGUUGGCGCGGGGAACGCGGAAAGUGAUGGCGCGGCCUCCGGCGUCUCUCUCGGGCCGGGACGUAGGACUUCCUUGAGAGUUUGCACCGCUUCUGCUGCCUAUCAGGGUGUUGCAGAGCACGACUUUAAUGUUUUGAUCGUUUGCAUAUCUUACAAUUAAAGACAGAAUACCACAGAUCUUAACCAAGGCUAUUGAUACAUUGCAUCGACAUAAAAGUGAAUUUUUUGAGAAACAUGGAGAGAAAGGCAUGGAAGCUGAAAAGAAAGCUAUUUCUCUUCUUUCUAAAUUACGGAAUGAAAUGCAAACAGAUAAGCCAAUUAUUCCCUUGGUUGAGAAGUUUGCUGAUACUGACAUAUGGAAUCAGUACCUAGAAUAUCAACAGAGUCUUUUAAAUGAAAGUGAUGGAAAACCAAGGUGGUUCUACUCACCAUGGUUGUUUGUAGAAUGCUACAUGUAUCGUAGAAUUCAUGAAGCAGUUAUCCAGAGUCCACCAAUCGAUGACUUUGAUGUAUUUAGAGAAUCAAAAGAACAAAACUUCUUUGAGUCACAGGAAUCUAUCAUUGCUUUAUGUACUCACCUGCAAGAGUUGAUGAAAACUAUUGAAGACCUAGAUGAAAAUCAGCUGAAACAUGAGUUUUUUAAACUUCUUCAGAUUUCACUGUGGGGAAAUAAGUGUGACCUGUCUCUAACAGGUGGGGAAAACAGUUCUCAGAAGACCAAUAUCAUGAAUUAUUUGGAAGACCUAAAACCUUUCAUUUUAGUGAACGACAUGGAACAUCUUUGGUCAUUGCUUAGCAAUUGCAAGAAAACAAGAGAAAAAGAAUCUAUAACUAGAGUGGAUAUUGUUCUGGAUAAUUCUGGAUUUGAGCUUAUUACAGAUUUAAUACUAGCUGACUUCUUAUUGUUUUCUAAUCUGGCUACCGAGAUUCAUUUCUAUGGGAAAACUAUUCCAUGGUUUGUUUCUGAUACUACUAUUCAUGAUUUUAACUGGUUAAUUGAUGAAGUGAAACAUUCUAAUCAUAAGUGGGUGUCCAAGUGUGGGGCUGACUGGGAAAACUACGUUAAAACGGGCCGAUGGGUUUACCAUGAUCACAUAUUUUGGACGCUCCCUCAUGAAUUCUGUGCCAUGUCUCAGGUUGCCCCUGACUUAUAUGCUGAACUACAGAAGGCACAUUUAAUUCUAUUCAAGGGCGAUUUGAAUUACAGGAAGUUGACAGGUGACAGAAAAUGGGAGUUUACUGUUCCAUUUCAUCAGGCCUUGACGGGCUUUCAUCCUGCCCCUCUCUGCAGUAUCCGAACACUAAAAGCUGAGAUUCAGGUGGGUCUGCAGCCCGGGCAGGGUGAACAGCUCGCAGCUUCUGAGCCCAACUGGCUGACCACUGGGAAAUACGGAAUAUUUCAGUUUGAUGGGCCGCUUUAACUUGCUUUAAGAACGCUAAGUUGUGUAGAAAGAUCUGAGAGUUUUCUUAUGCAGAAAAGAAGGUGUGUGAAUUUAGCCACUUCACUGUCUGCGUUAGGUCUGGGAAGCUUGGCUUCUCAGUGUCCAGUCACAUACACUCUGGAUGCCUUUUCCUUUGAACAUUUUGCCCACUACUUUGGGGGUGGAUGGAUUCAGCUAGUUACAGAUAUUUACGUUUAUGUUGGAAUCUUGUUAGUUUAUUUCAAGUUAAGUGCAUAAUAUCAAGUGGUUUUCAUGAACUUUAAUAGGGCAGAAAAGCAAAAUAUAAGUGAAUUCUGCUUUCAAAGUUAACAUUUUUAAAUCCUAUGCUGCAUGGUAUUUAAUCUAGGAAGCAUGGAAUUUUAUUGAACUUGAUUUUGGGCUUAUUAGAAAUAAGAGCUCUGUGAAAAUAUGCAUCUUAAAUACGCUUUACAAAGAGAGGCAUUCUUACAACUGUAUUUUAUCAUGUGUUCAAAGAUAUUUGAACACAUGAAAGUAAAACUUACCUCAUAAGUUAAUUCCAAAUUUUGUUCUUAAAUUUUAUUUCAUUUCAAUAGCCUGUUUUAUUUGCAUGCGUUUGUAUUUUGAUUGACUUGUGGAAUAAAUGGUUGGAAACACCAAACUGAACAGAACGAAAGAAAUGGUACUUGAAGAAAAAUGUAAUAUCUUUUACGUGCUAUGUAUGAUAUCUGUAAUCAACUGAAAUACAUUAUUUUAACACAAGUGUUACAAAUGAACAUAUUUUUAGAUUGUUCUUCAGUUUAAAAAAGUACUUUAGAAAAGGUUCUCAUGCAUUGAAUUUGGAGUACUACCAAUGAGUUGAUUCACUUUUUAAAAAAUUCUUACACAUUUACCAGAUAGUAAAAACAGUAAGUUACCGGUCAAUUUGUUUUGAAACUAAAAUUGGAAAUAAACCUGGAAAUGUUUUUCUUGCACUAAAAUAAUAAAAUGAAUUGUACUGAAA